AGAUAUAAAACUCUCCGCAUUCCUAGAAUGAUAUUAUUUUGUGAUAUACUAAAAAGAUUGGAAGGAUCCCUUUUGUUUAAUUCCAACAAUGAACAUUUGCGUAGCAAGAAAACAUUUUGAUUUCAAGCAUUUUUGGUCAACUGCACCAGAAAAUUACGUUUGCAAAAGACUGUCACAGAGAUCGAACUUGCCAAUGUUGCACGUGCCGAGUGGAAGAUUCCAGAUGUGUAAAAUCGCCUUCAUUUUGUCAAUUUUCCAAACUUUGCUGUUAGUUAGAAUAGAAGGAAUGGCUAUGGUAAAAAAGGCGCAAGUUAUGAAUCACGACAGCGAGCUGUUUAAAGAAAAUAUGAAAGAUUUGAAAUCAGCAAUGUUACAACAUAUGGGGCUUGACAGCCUUCCUAUAUUUUCAUCUAAAGAUUUGGAGAAUAUAGAAGUUCCUCAUCACAUUCGUUCGAAAUAUGAGAAAUUGAGAUUAAGGCAUGAUAUCCAGCAUGCAAGAAGGAAAAGAUCAACUGGGCCGUCAUUGGCUGGAGUAUUUCACUCAGUACAUCAAAAUCCAGGAAUCCAAGGCGACAUUGUUUACACUGAUCCGUACAGAGAAAAACUCGAAUUUGAAAUGGAAGGUCGAAUUCCUACCGGCACUGUUGUUACUAUGGCUGAAUUGAGACUAUUCAAAAAACUUCCAAAUUUGAGCGGAAAUUUACCCACUGAUUCGUCUGCAGACCGGCUUUAUAGAAACGCUCAUCCAUCAACGUUUCUUCGAAAUCACCCCGGACGAUACCAGAAACCUGUGAGACACGCAAGAGUAUCAAUUUAUCAUAGCCUCAAACAUCCAGACGGAACACAAACAAGCACUUUAGUGGAUUCGAGAAAAAUUCAUGUGAACGGUUCUGGAUGGCAAGCCUUUGACGUAACAGAUGCGGUGCAUGAGUGGCAAUUGCAUCCUACUAAAAUCAUGUCUAUGACUCUGGAAAUGUGGAUUGAAGGAACAAAACCAGGCAGACAUGCAGCAAAUAUAGCUAGUUUAGUCAGAUUCACUGGACAAAAAGUUGAUCGAUCGUCUUCAUACAGACCUGAAUUAGUCGUCUUCACAGAGGAAGCAGAAACUGGAGGGUCAAGAAUAUGCAAACAAAACUCCAAUCCUAAGAAACGUAAAUGUUGUCGCGACGACUAUUACAUCAACUUCAGAGAAAUGGACUGGACUCAAUAUUGGAUCUUGGAACCAUCUGGUUACGAAGCAUUUAAAUGUGAUGGAAGAUGUGGAUCUAGUUUGCGAAGAGACAGAAAGGGUGUGCCAAGGUCUUGCUCGGUGCAAGAAAGUGCGCCUUUGCCCGUUAUGUAUAUGGUAAAACGUGGUGAUAUUACACAAGUAGAAGUGUCUGAAUUUCCAAAUAUGAUUGUUAAACGUUGUGGAUGUUCCCUAGACAGUGUUUUCUUUGCCUAAAAUUUCUUGCAAAAUGAACUAAAUUGUUUGCACCUGUUUUAAUGUGUCAAACUAAGCCUUUCAUUUGUCGUCUCUCGUCUAUAUUAUGUUUUAUGAUUUUUUGAUAUUUUUCGUUUACUUUAUAUAUUUGUUUAUCAUAACUAUAUUUUUGCAUUCCGGAUCAUGUUCUUUUUAUUUCGUAAUAAAAAAUGCUACAGAUGAA